GGCGCCCUCCCGGCCGGGGCGCGCCACCCGUAGCUCGGUGAGGUCCGAGCUGCACGGGAAAGCUUGCAGAACGAGCGGAGAGCCGCGCGUGCGGCGGAGGUGAUGACUGCGGCGGCAUGGAGUUCCCGGAGCACGGCGUACGGCUGCUGGGCCGCCUGAGGCAGCAGCGCGAGCUUGGGUUCCUGUGCGACUGCACUGUCCUGGUGGGCGACGCGCGCUUCCCUGCGCACCGCGCUGUACUGGCCGCGUGCAGUGUCUACUUCCAUCUCUUCUACAGGGACCAGCCCGCGAGCAGCCGCGACACAGUGCGGCUCAACGGCGACAUCGUCACCGUACCCGCCUUCAGCCGCCUGCUGGACUUCAUGUAUGAGGGCCGCCUGGACCUGCACAGCCUACCUGUCGAGGACGUCCUGGCUGCAGCCAGUUACCUACACAUGUAUGACAUCGUCAAGGUCUGCAAGGGCAGGCUCAGAAAGAAGGACCCAGAUCUGGAGACCCGUACGCUGGGGACAGAGCUUCCCGGGCAGACACCACACCCCCUGCCUUCCUGGCCCCCUGCCUUCUGCCAAGCCACACCAAAGGCCAAACCCCCAUCUCUAGGGGUCAAGGCUGUCCAUCCCCUGCCAAAAUUCGGACCUCCAUCUUGGCAGGUCUCAGAGGAGUCGAGUGGGGCCCUGGACCUGUCGCUGAAGCCUGGCCCAAGACCAGAGCAGGCCCACCCACCCUGUCUCCUCCAGACAUCCCAGUGCAGCUCCAUACAGCAAGGGGCCCAGCCACUGGUGAAGGCCGAGCAAGAUUCGUUCUCUGAACAAGAUAGCAGCAGCCCGCAGAGCGCGGACAGAUCCCCACCACCAGUCUGUGCUUCUGCAGCCCGGGGCCUGGCAGUGAACUUGGAGCCAUUGCACAUCCAAGGAACAGGCAGCCAGCAGCUUGGGCUGCAUGCAGAGCCAGUGGUGGACAGCGAAGAUCUGGGUCCUGGCAGGCAUCUUUGCAUUUGCCCGUUGUGCUGCAAACUCUUCCCUAGCACCCACGCACUGCAGCCGCAUCUCAGCGCCCACUUCCGGGAGCGGGACAGCGUCCGUACCAGGCUCUCCCCGGAGGGGGCCGUGCCCACGUGCCCCCUCUGCAGCAAGACCUUCUCCUGCACGUACACGCUGAAGAGGCAUGAACGGACACACUCUGGGGAGAAGCCCUAUACAUGCGUGCAGUGUGGUAAGAGCUUCCAGUACUCACACAACUUAAGCCGGCAUGCUGUGGUCCACACACGGGAGAAGCCCCAUGCCUGCCGCUGGUGUGAGCGCCGAUUCACACAGUCUGGUGACCUGUAUCGCCAUGUCCGCAAGUUCCACUAUGGCCUCGUCAAGCCCUUGCUUGUGUGAAGUGUUUUUCUGCAUCCCCGAGGUGGAGGAAGAGCAGAGGCAGGGUCUCCCCGGAUGGAACUCUGGGGCAGAGGAAGAAGCCCAGGCUACCCCAAGGCUAGAAGGUUGCACUGGCCAACCUGAAUGAAUGCUGCUGCUUCUUGGAUGGGUCACCUCCUCCUCCCCUCCCCUCCACCUGACACCUGAGCAGGUUGUACCCUGCCCAGUUUAGGGAUACUCUGUCCCCACUGUCCUUCCUCUCUAGCAAGGUCCUAGAGUGCCUGGCCUGCCCGCCCAUUCACUGGCCAGUGUGAGAUAAUACAGUUUUCCUCUGUCCUGGGGCU